GUCCCGAGUCUAGCGAUGGCCGUCUCAACGAUGUGUAUAUUAUUACAUCCCAUCCAUUGAGUCUCUUACUUGGGCUUAAUAAUAAUACGAAUAGCACCCCUAUAAGGAUUUCGAAGUUCACGGAGUUUUUUGCUGGCAACGAAACUCUAACAGCCCGACUAGUGAUACAGUACAACGCAGUCCUACCGGCUAUCGUAUCCUUUCGACUUGCAGCAUUAUGGCUUCUAUAUUCGUUCUACCUGUGCGGACAUCGAAUGCUUUGAACACUUUUUUGAAGAGGACCCAGGUGCAAACAGUGCUAUCUUUUCAUUCACGAAAUGCCCGCCGUGCUGCUUCAACGAGGUCGACCCGGCAUACGCUUAACACAGGAGCUAAAAUCCCAGCCAUUGGGUUUGGUACAUUCCAAGAUGCCGAUGCACAAGUCGAUGCUGUCAGCCGGGCGUUGAAAGCAGGCUGCCGCCUAAUCGACACAGCGCGCGUCUACGACGUUGAGAAGCAGGUGGGACAUGGAAUCAAAGAAAGCGGUGUUGCUCGCGAGGAGGUUUGCGUCGGCACCAAAUUGUGGUGCAACAACUUCCAUCCCGACGAUGUUGAGAGCGCUCUUGACGAUUCCCUGCGGGAUCUCGACACACCGUAUGUCGACUUGUUGAUGAUGCACUAUCCUUGCACAUUUGCCCGUGGAGAAGAUCGUUUCCCCCGCGACGCGGAUGGAAAGAUGAUUCUGGGAAAGACAAGUUUUGUAGAGACAUGGAAGGCGAUGGAGAAGCUUGUGAAGACGGGGAAGACCAAGGCCAUCGGGGUGUCCAAUUUUAGCAAGGGAGAAAUCCAACAAUUACUCGAUCAAUCUGAUACAGUACCAGCCGUCCAUCAGAUGGAAGUUCACCCAUAUCUCCAGCAAAAGGACUUCAACGCAUGGCUUCGAAGCAAGGGAAUCCACGUCGUCCAAUUUAGCCCGCUGGGCAACAUGAACGAUUUCUACCGAAACACCGGUUGGAGCAAGGAGGUCUCGCACAUGACCCGAGUGACUGACCAACCUGUUCUACAAGAGAUUGGAAAGAAAUAUGGGAGGAGCCCUGUGCAGGUUGUUCUAGCUUGGGCUGUGAACAGUGGACGCUCGGCGAUUCCCAAGAGUGUCAUUGACUGGCAGAUCCAGCAGAACUUGGAGGCCGACUUCGAGAUGGAAGCUGAAGACAUGGAGAAAAUUGCUGAGUUGGACAUCAAGGCAAGAUUCAACGAUCCCAGCCUAGACUAUCAAUGGAGAUUGUAUAGUGAUCUGGAGGGAACGCAAGGCGCUGUUGAGGGCAAGACUCAUUAAUUUGUAUAAAAACCAAUAGAUUUCUAUAAUCAAUAGACGGCUUUAGUAUUCUAU